GACUGGCGCUAGAAACGCCGAGGUCAGACACGCCCCCUACCGUCUGGGAGAGGGGAGGGCAGCCGCGACUCGGCAGGGCCCGGCGCGUGGACACCCGGAUGGCGGGGCCGGAGGACGCGGGUUUGCAACCGAGGCUGGAGGACAGGAUCUAGAGAGGUGGCCGCGCCGCGCCGCGCCGCCCCGCUGGGUGUCAACGAGGAGCGACGGGAGCGCCCGAGGGGCCUGCACGUGAUCCGGCUCAAAACCAGGUACCGUCGGCACGCGUCCGCUCCCCUCCCAGGCCGCGGUAAAGAGACGCUCCGGAGUGACUGUCCCACUUCACUGCCACCAAAGCGGACGGUGACUCCGCUUAGGGCUGGACUUCGCCAACUUCACCGGCUGUCCACUUUAAAGACGAAGAUCAGAACAAGAACCCACGCUCGCCGUCCCUUCCUGGAGCCCCCAGACCGUGGGGAACUACAUAGACAGGAACCGCAGAGCCGCGGUCAGCGGAGAGGAGGGCUGCCGGGGUAGCGGACCGGAAACCGGCGUCUCCUCCCCGCCCCCCGAACCAGCUUCCGCCCGCCUGCUGCUGCUCUGGCCUUUUAAGGCAGGCAGACCGCAGCACAGCCGGGGGAAGGCUUGUGCGCUUGCGCAGCGCGGGUUGUCUCCGGGAAGUGAUUCUUUUUGCAUGACAGGUCUCAAGAGAGAGCUAGACUCAGAAGAAAUGGCCUUGGUACCUUAUGAGGAGAACUCAGAAAUAGGGCUCCAGAAAUUUCACAAACCCCUCACCACCUUCUCUUUUGCAAACCACACCAUCCAGAUCCGUCAGGACUGGAGGCAACUGGGAGUCGCAGCAGUGGUUUGGGAUGCGGCCAUCGUUCUUUCCACGUAUCUGGAGAUGGGUGCUGUGGAGCUCAGGGGCUGCUCUGCUGUGGAGCUGGGUGCUGGCACAGGGCUGGUGGGCAUAGUGGCUGCCUUGCUGGGUGCUCAUGUGACUAUCACAGACCGAAAAGUAACAUUAGAAUUUCUUAAGUCAAAUGUUGAAGCAAACUUACCUCUCCAUAUCCAACCCAAGGUUAUUAUUAAGGAGCUGACUUGGGGACAAAAUUUGGAAAGUUUUUCCCCUGGAGAAUUUGAUCUCAUACUUGGAGCUGAUGUUAUAUACUUGGAAGAUACCUUCACAGACCUUCUUCGAACACUGGAACAUCUCUGUAGCAACCACUCGGUGAUUCUUUUAGCUUGCCGAAUUCGCUAUGAACGGGAUAGUAACUUCUUAACGAUGCUGGAGAGGCAAUUUACUGUGAGUAAGGUUCACUACGAUCCUGAGAAGGAUGUGCACAUUUACAAAGCACAGAAGAGAAGAAACCAGAGGGAGGACUUGUAGUGGCAUUAUUUUCUAACUCAGUGUGUCAGUUAAGGUCGUACAGCUAGAACUCUAACCAUGUUAAUAGCAUGGCAGACUGCAAGGCCAUUCAACCAGAGCUGCUCAAGGAACAAAGCACACGUGUGCUUUGUAGACAGAUUGAUGCCUUGUCCCAUUGCUGUAAAUGCCAGACAUGAUUCGCUCACUGCUGAGCAAUAAAUGUGCAAGUUUG